ACGCCGCUGAGCCCUCGCAGCCUGCGGUGGAGCCCGAGCUCCCGGCGCCUUGCGCCCCUCCCGGCGGACCCGGCGCUCGGGGCGGGUAGACUCCCGCCGCCGAUGAGGAGUGCGGGGCGGCUGCGCCAUCGGCCCGCGCGCUGAGCCCGGGCUGCCCCGUCCCGCGGCCGACUCGACGCCGCAGCCCCCGCAGGGAGCUCCGCUUUGGAAGAUGUUGGUCCCAGGGCACUGGGAUGGGUGGAGGCCGACCAUGCCCAGCCUGCUGCUGCUGCUGUUCCUGGCAGCUCUGCUCUCCAGCUGGGCCCAGCUACUGACUGACGCCAACUCCUGGUGGUCGCUAGCUCUGAAUCCGGUGCAGAGACCUGAGAUGUUCAUCAUUGGCGCUCAGCCCGUGUGCAGCCAGCUUCCUGGGCUUUCCCCAGGCCAGAGAAAGCUGUGUCAGUUGUAUCAAGAACACAUGUCCUACAUCGGGGAGGGAGCCAAGACGGGCAUCAGGGAGUGCCAGCACCAGUUCCGACAGAGGCGGUGGAACUGCAGCACAGUGGACAACGUGUCUGUCUUUGGCAGAGUCAUGCAGAUAGGUAGCCGGGAGACUGCCUUCACCUAUGCAGUGAGUGCUGCCGGUGUGGUGAACGCCAUCAGCCGAGCUUGCCGAGAGGGCGAGCUGUCCACCUGUGGCUGCAGCCGUGCCGCGAGGCCCAAGGACCUGCCACGAGACUGGCUGUGGGGUGGCUGUGGGGAUAACGUGGAGUACGGCUACCGCUUUGCCAAGGAGUUUGUGGAUGCCCGAGAGCGUGAGAAGAACUUCGCCAAGGGAUCAGAGGAGCAGGGCCGAGCCCUCAUGAACCUGCUGAACAACGAGGCUGGCCGCCGGGCUGUGUAUAAGAUGGCUGAUGUCGCCUGCAAAUGUCACGGAGUCUCAGGGUCCUGCAGCCUCAAGACCUGCUGGCUCCAGCUGGCAGAGUUCCGCAAGGUGGGGGACCGGUUGAAGGAGAAGUAUGACAGUGCCGCAGCCAUGCGCAUCACCCGCCAGGGCAAGCUGGAACUGGCCAACAGCCGCUUCAACCAGCCCACCCCAGAGGACCUGGUCUAUGUGGACCCCAGCCCUGACUACUGCCUGCGUAAUGAGACCACAGGCUCACUGGGCACCCAGGGGCGCCUCUGCAACAAGACCUCAGAGGGCACAGAUGGCUGUGAGCUCAUGUGCUGUGGCCGAGGCUACGACCGCUUCAAGAGCAUCCAGGUGGAGCGCUGCCACUGCAGAUUCCACUGGUGUUGCUUUGUCAGAUGCAAAAAGUGCACUGAGAUCGUGGACCAGUAUGUCUGCAAAUGACUGCACCCGUGCUUCCAGCCCACUCCUUUCUGCCUCACAAGAGUCUAUAUUAUAUAAAUCUAUCUAAAUAUAUUUUAUAUUUGUACAAAAGGAUGAAAGAGAAGAAAAACGGAGAAGAAGAGCUCGAGAGAUGCUGGCCCUCUGUGAGGACUAGGCUUUGCUGGUGAUUUACAGCCAGUGGGAGAGAACUGGGCUUUCCCCCUGCUUUCUGGGCAGGACUCUCAGAACACGGGCUUGAGAGCAUCUUUGCGCCAUAGCCUCCAGGAGAGAGGUGGUGAUUAGAUCAAAGGGGUGGGCCUGUUUCAAAUCCGCAGUUCUUUUGGGAAGAUGAGUGUCUGUGCCCCUGGCCAGGAGACCCAGAGCCCCUGUGGAAGCUGGAGAGACCUGACAAC